UGGGCGUGAAUAACAGCCACAUUCAGCAGCAUCACAGCACAGUAGACGUCUGUAAUUAAUCACUGCAACCUAUUCAUUUCGGAUUUAAAUACAUGCAGAUCAGCUUUAUUUCAUCUUUAUCUCAGCGAGAUACAACUGUUAAGAACCCUUGGAAAUAUGAGCCAAACGUCAGAGCCUUCAGACGAUGCUGCUGUGACUGAAGCUCCAGUUACUCAAUCUGAAACCAAGCAAUCAGCAGCAGGGAAGAAACAGAACAAAAAGAAAGUGGAGGAAGUGGUGGAGGAAGUAGAAGAGGAGUAUGUUGUGGAGAAGGUCCUGGAUCGGCGUGUGGUGAAGGGAAGAGUGGAGUAUCUCCUCAAGUGGAAAGGCUUUUCUGACGGGGACAACACCUGGGAACCAGAGGACAACCUAGACUGUCCUGACCUCAUAGCAGAAUUCCUUAAGUCACAGAAAUCGGCUGAAUCUGGAGGCAAGAGGCGGGCCGAGUCAGACGGAGAUGGAAAGGAGACCAAAAAGCGCAAGGAUGAGCCUGAGAAACUCAGAGGUUUUGCACGUGGUUUGGAUCCUGAGAGGAUUAUUGGUGCUACAGACUCAAGUGGAGAACUCAUGUUCCUCAUGAAAUGGAAAAACUCUGAUGAAGCUGAUCUAGUACCAGCCAAGGAGGCGAAUAUUUUAUACAUCUGUCAAAGCAGGUGGUCAUUGAACGCAUGA